AUGCAACAUCCACAUAUGGUCAAGCUAUAUGAUGUGUUUCAAGUGGAAAAGUAUUUCUUUAGAGUAAUUGAGUUUAUGGCUGGUGGAGAACUCUUUGAACAAAUUGUCAAGAAGAACUUUUACACAGAGAGAAGCACGUGUUUGGUCGAAGUAUUGCUCGAAACAAUUGCAAUCUGUUAUGAUGCAAAUGUCGUUCAUCGAGAUUUGAAACCAGAAAACGUAUUGCUGAGCAGUGCUGAGAUGAUACAGAUAUUAAGUUUAGACUUUGGUGUUGCAACCAAAACAGCGAUUCAGACUCGAGAUGCAGGGUUAUUUACGGCCUGUGGCACCCAAGAUUUUAAUGUCAGAGCCAACGUACUCUUUCGACUCAUUAAAGCGGGACGCCAUAAAUUCGACUCGCCAUAUUGGGAUGAUGUAUCUGCAGAAGCCAAAGAUCUUAUUAAAAAGAUGCUGAUUUUAGCACCAGCGGAGCUAUGGCCAGCACGGCAAUUUCUAUACCAUCAAUAA